AACCGGAAGCGUUGCUGUUUAUUUGUCUGGCCUGACAGCGGCAGGAGGGAGGCUGCAACCAGCGAGCUCCGAGCGGGCUGCGGAGGAUGUCGACCCCGCUGCGGGGACAAGCUCCGGGCGGGACGCUUGUGUCCAGUCGGCUGUUCCUCGCCCAGUCGCCCCGCACCUGGAGCCCUCUGCACCCAUGAAGCCCCCGCUGAUGAAGCCCCGAGCUGCCAAAGUGAGGCGGAAAGUGGCCGGAGACAGAGAGCAUGUACUGGCGCGUCGGGUUUGCCUGGACGCGGUCGUGUGUGGUUGAUCUUGGCCAGAACCAGAGCUUCUCCUCCGGCCUGCUGGGCUCCGAUGAGCAGCUCUCGUUUUAUGGGUACAUCAUCGCCUACCCACUGCAGGACUACGGCGGGAUAAUGUCAGCUUUGGGCUCGGACUCGUGGUGGCGGAAAACGCUGUAUUUGACUGGAGGGGCUCUGCUCGCCGCAGCCGCGUAUUUGCUGCACGAAUUGCUGGCCAUCAGAAAGGAGGAAGAGCUGGACUCUAAAGAUGCCAUCAUACUCCACCAGUUCUCCAGGCCCAAAACUGGCGCCCCGUCCCUGUCCCCUUUCUGCCUUAAGUUGGAGACCUACCUCCGUAUGGUUGACCUGCCCUACCAGAACUACUUUGAUGGGAAGCUUUCACCACAGGGAAAGAUGCCAUGGAUCGAAUACAACCAGGAGCAGGUGUGCGGCACCGAAUUCAUCAUCGACUUCCUGGAGGAGAGGCUGGGAGCGAGCCUCAACAAGAGCCUGACGCCGCAGGAGAAGGCCAUGUCUCGCGCCAUCACCAAAAUGGUGGAGGAGCAUUUCUACUGGACCAUAGCUUACUGUCAGUGGGUGGACAACCUGGAAGAAACCCAGAAGAUGCUGUCAGUGAGCGGACCGCUGAGUGACCUGCUCAAGUGGAUCCUGAGUCACCUGACUGGCGGGAUUGUCAAGAGGGAGAUGUACGGGCACGGGAUCGGACGCUUCUCAAAAGAGGAAGUUUACGCCCUGAUGGAGAAGGACAUGCGCACCCUGGCCACUCUAUUAGGUGAUAAGAAGUAUCUUAUGGGGUCUAAGCUUUCGACAGUAGACGCUGCAGUGUUCAGUCACCUGGCCCCUGCUAUGUGGACGCUACCAGGAACACGGCCGGAGCAGCUAAUCAAAGGUGAGCUCAUCAACCUGGCCAUGUACUGCGAGCGCAUCCGCCGGCGAUUCUGGCCUGAGUGGUUCGUGGAUCUGGAAGACUUUUGCUACAACGACACCACAGAGGGCAGCGACUCAGCCUCUAAACUCCCCGACCUGGGCCUUUACUCCCGCUCGGACACAUCCCAGGACGACACACACACGCACACAUCAAGCAUGCACACACCACAGGAACAGGACCCGCCGUCACCCGACAGCGACCCUACGGGCCACUCGCUGUAUGACUCUGACAUGGACACAGAGUGCUCUGAAAUCGACCAGCUCAAGUGUUGACAAAACACACAAAUACACUGAUAGUACACACCACAUGCGAUAUGCACACCACAGGAGGGAGCUGCAUCCCACCUGUACACAUGCCCCCUACCUCUUUGAACAGAAAACAACAGGGGAGUAUUUCUGUGUCGGCAGAGAAGUUGAGGACAUAGAGGUUUAACUUGCACACUGUAGUGGAGGAAUAACUGCAGCAGAAGGGGGAAAAAUGUGAAACAGAAAGGCAGAAAAGUUGCAGUGGAGGGAGGAAGGUUAAAAAAUAAGACCCAGAAGUAGAGAAACCAGGAGUAAAUGACGCCACUGCUGAGAAACUCCUCCACGUGGUCGACGUCAUCUGCGGUCACAACAUCUCCCUGUCAUAACCAUGGCAACUAUGUGUGUGCGUGACCCUUGUAGCAUUUCAUACCACCCGACCUUGUGUGUGUCUUGACGAAACUGAACCCUUAACGCCUUGUAUUGAUCUGACAUCGACACGUAGGGAAGUGUACAGGAUUUAUGUGAAUGAAUGACGACCGAGUGUAAAUAUAUAAAUGGAUCUGACUUCAGAUUCAAUAGAUAGAAUAUUUGAUUAUAUAUGAAUAUAAAUAGUAUAGAUAGCCUGCAAAUAGAGAAUCACCCCUUUAUCAUAUGGUGUGAAUACUGUAGGUGUUUCUCUUCUGAAAUCCCUUUUGUGUUGGACACAAUGACCAAUGACGCCCCUGUGACUUCCUGUACUCUGUAUCUGUCUACACAACUGGGAUUUUACAGUAAUGCCUGCCGCCCAUAUUUAAACACUGCAGUAAGAAUUCUUGGAAGAUAAUGGAUAGUAAACUACGAUCUGCCACAAGCACUUUGAAACUAUCUUUUGUCUUAUUAAGACAAUUAUUUUGCCCCCUUUUAUUUCCCACGUUAGAAGCAUAAUAUGACAACAUGCAACGUCAGGUGCCUGUGUUGUUUGGGUUGUCAGUGAGGACAGUAGCUUUAGGUCAAAUAGAUAUUUUACAUUCAAGCAUCGAGAGCGAGUCAAACAAUCACGUAGAACUAGAUGAAAUAGAUCUAUAUCCUCUGAAUGAAAGUGCAUGGCUGGUACGUGCCGAUGAAAAUCUCCCUUUACUCUUCACGUUUCUUCGCUGGCUUAUCCGUUAAGUUUGAUCUCUGUUUGUCGGUGCCUCUGGCCAAAUCAAAUCAACCACAUGAAGAUUUUUUAUUUUUUUUCUCUUUUCA